GAUAACAUGGACGAUCGAAAGGACGAUAAAGAUUCUAUCAUUGUUAAGGGAGGGAAAAGAUACUGUUUACUGUGCUCCAACUAUGCAGGUAAAAUUUGUGAUGAUGGUACAACAGUAAAACUGCACUGCAUUCCAUCAGGUGACGGUGCCGAUCAAACAACAAGGAGAUCAUUGUGGAUUCAAAAAAUCAAACUUGUGCGACCAGAUGCUCCAAUUAGCUCCAACUCUAGACUCUGCAAUUUCCAUUUUGAAAACAAUAUAUGCAAACAGGGAUCUAUUCCAUCCAAAUUGAAUCUGACCACACCAAGGAAAAUAGUGUUACCCCGCAGACCUUUAGUGCGCUAUUCUGAAUUUGAGAACACUGAAAACAUUCCCUGUAGGGAUACAUGUAUAUCUUCUACUAUUGGUUCUUUGUCUUUAAAGGAAAGUUCUGAAACACAGACUGACCCUAUAGUUGGGGAUUCCGUAUAUGUCCAGACAUCAGAUGUGCAUGUAAGAGAUGAUGCUACACAGACACAAUUAAAUAAGGCCAAAUGUAUGAAAUCAUCUGCAUCUCAGACAUUUGUUCCUAUUUUCAAACCAGAGGUAAUUGAAAACGAUGAUGAGAAGACAAAAUAUUAUACUGGUUAUCCAAAUUAUGCAACAUUUUUACUGUUUUUUACUACUUUCUGCAAGCAUGGUGCAGAAAAGUUGACUUACUGGGAAGGGGAAAAAAGAACUCAACUACAUGCAGAAGACAGAAAGUAUUCCCACCCAAAUAUUGAGAAACCUGGGAAGAAAAGGAGCCUACGAACAAUCGAUGAGUUCUUCAUGGUGUGUUUGAAGUUGAGGCAUGGUCUUCGGCAAGAAUUCCUUGCAGAUUUAUUUAGUGUGUCUGUUAUGACAGUUUCUCGAAUCAUUAAUACAUGGAUAAAUUUUAUGUUUGAUCACAUGCAGUCCCUUAUCCCAUGGCCAUCAAGAGAACAAAUUUUAAGCAAUUUGCCUAAACAUUAUACAGAAAUGACUCGGGUUCGGAUAGUUGUAGAUGCUACAGAAUUCUUUUGCGAGAAACCGGGAAACUUGGAGGCUCAAUUUCUGACAUGGAGUGAAUACAAACACCAUAACACAUAUAAAGUUUUAAUUGGAGUUGCACCCAAUGGUCUAGUAACAUUUGUGUCCAGGGUUUGGGGAGGGCAUGCAUCAGAUAGACAUAUUGUGCAAAAAGAUGGUGACCUCUUCUUACCAAAGUUAGAACCUGGAGAUGUUAUUCUUGCAGACAAAGGCUUCACUGUUGGAGAUUUACUUCCUGCACAUAUAGGACUAAAUAUGCCACCAUUUGUAUCAUCUAGUUGUCAGAUGAGUGUACAGGAAUUCUUUAAAACUCAACAAAUAGCUGCUCCCAGGAUUGUUGUUGAAAUGAAAAUGGAGCAAAUCAAGAACUUCAAGAUAUUACAAUCUGUGCUACCACUUGCUGAAGUUCAUUUAGCUGAACAAAUAAUUAUGAUAUGUUGUGCCAUGACAAANUGUGCGCUCUUCUGA